AUGAAGUUAUUGGUUUUGUCAAAACAAAUCACUGCGUGUUACCGUAGAGGCAGUUUCAAUGAAGCACGUGCCUCUCUCGAACAGUACAACACCAUUUUACCGCAAGCACAAGAUCGUUUCAUUUUCGAGGUGAUGGGAUUGUACUUACAAGCAGCUCUAAAACGUGCAAGUGGAGAUUUUCAAGAGCUCCCAGAACUAUUGACUGCAGCUUUGUCCAAGGCAGAACUGAUUCAGCCAGGCCUGGUAACGGCAAUAGUAUACGUUUUUGCUGGAACUGUGACUGACUUGAUAAAUUCAGAAGAUCCAACAAAUGAAGUAGGUUCACCUGAUGUUCUUUCAAUAAGAGCUCUGGAACAUUUACGAUGUGUCCCAGUCCCCCCAGAUCAUUCUGAAGUCGUUACAGAAAUGGAGCAGAAGAUACAUAUAA